CUAAUUUGCAUCCCAAAACAAAUUUUAGACAAGUGUGAUGCAUGCGGGAAGGAACAAAAAGGGAUCUUCUACCAUUGUUCCAUUUGUCCCUGGUCUAAAAUUAUACAUAGUGAUUGUGCUUUUCUACCACAAAAGUUGCAAAUCCAACGUACUACAAAUGAUGUCUUCUCCCAUAUCCAUCAUCUCACCCUUACUUAUUCCUUCCCAAAACCGGAUCAAGUAUCCAAAUAUUUUCCACGGUGUAGGGUAUGCCUUUAUUGGUUUUAUCAUAAUCCGAAUCUUUGGAUAUAUAAAUGCGAGAAAUGCAGAUACUAUACCCAUCUAGAUUGCGCAACAUCAAGAAACGAGCCAUUCAUGUCAAUCCUCAAGUCUCCAGGUACAGGCAGUAAAAACUACAAAGAUGAUGAACAUCCUGAUCUUCUUCAUCUUCCGUUUCCAGAUCCAUCUUAUAGCAUACUAAAACACUUGUUUUCCAAGGAAAAAGGAUUAAGUACGUUAGAAAUUUCUAACAAGAUCACCUACAAAGCACAAGGUAUUAUUCAUCAACACCCACUAAUUCUAGAGGAUAUCACAAUUCCCACCUCUUCUAGAAAAAAAUCAAUACCCUUUCAUGACCCAAUGAAGAGGAUUGAACUUUUGUGUGAUGGGUGUUUGAGACCAAUAAUGAGUGGCCCUAUUUAUGUGUGUGCCAAUGAGGAGGAGGAGCAUUGCAACUUUGUCCUCCACGAGUGGUGCUCUCGACUACCUACUGAACUAAAAGACCACUUUCAUCACCCACAACAUACCCUGAUUCUCCAUUCAAAAACCCCUGGUGAGUUUUUUGGGGUUUUCAAUUGUCAUAUUUGUGCAUUACCUUGCAACGGAUUUGUCUACUAUUGUGAGGAAUGCAAAUACUACAUUGAUGUUAAAUGUGCCUUCUUACCUGAAGAAAUCACGCAUACUUUGCACCCAAAUCACCUCCUUUCUAGAGUUCAUUGCACAGACAUGCGCCGGUGUAGUAUGUGUUGGGGUGAUAUGAAUGGUCUUAUGUUUAGUUGCCAUACUUGUGAUAAUUUCGGUCUACAUUCCUAUUGUGCUUUGUUAAUACCGGAGACAACUACGCACAAGUGCGACAAGCAUCCUAUGAAGUUGAGUUACUUUCCCAUUGAAAACCAUAAGAGUGACUAUUUUUGUGAAAUUUGCGAGCAAGAGUUUGAUCCUAAGUUGCCUUUCUAUCAUUGUCGUAAGUGUAUGCAGUCUAUGCACACAACUUGUGCUCCGUCAAUACUCCGGUAUGAAACAUAUACGAGGAUAUGGACCUAUGAAGAUAUUGGCGUUCAUAAAUUUGUAAAUGUGAAGUUUGGGGCCACAUGUGAGAAUACUAAAGUGCAUCCACACCCCCUUUCAUUCGUUCAAGGGAUUCAAGACGAUGGUGAAUGUGCCGGCCAUGAUUGUGAUGACAGGCGUCUCCAGUAUAGUAUGAUCUUUAAGUGUUUAGAUUGUAAAUUUGCAGUUCAUUACAAGUGUUGUAAGCGAAUGAGUAACUAAUAUAUAUAUAAAGAUUGUAGUAAUAAACAAACUCCAUCAUAUAUCAUGUGUUCGCUUUUGUAAUUCAUGUUUGUUUACGUUAAUUAUUUUGAUUUCCAACCCCCUCUGUUCCAUUAUUUU